AAUCAUCAAAGCUCAAAGCAAGGCCAUCGUGCGCCAGCGCGAAGUAAAAAUUAAAAUCUCCAAUGGAAGAUCUCUGGUGUCUAUGUGAAUGUUUGUAAAUAAAAGUGCUUGUGUUGAAUUUUGCGGUUAGGGGUCGUGUUGGGUACAUGGUAGGCGAUUAAAUGGCUUAUUACUCUCGGAAACUUAUUGUCAGUUGCCUACGAAAACAGUUGGCGAGGAAAAACUACCAAUACUUACAGAAAAAUGCGUAUUCAACGGCAGCUGUAGAUGCAAAGGAUGAUGAAAUAUUGGUGGACAAAGUAUUUGAUGUAACCACUAUCGGUAUCAAUAGACCAAACAAGAGAAACUGUGUAAACCCUGAAGUUGCAAGAAAACUCCGAGCAGCUGUUACAAAUUUUGAAGAUGACCCUUCUUCCUCAGUUGCUGUUUUGUAUGGUACCGGAGGCAACUUCUGUUCUGGAUUUGAUCUGGAAUCUUUGGCGGAAGUGAAGAGUUUUGAGAGUUUACGCAAGGAAAUUGCAGCAGGAGGAAUGGGAUCAACAAGAAGAAUUACAAAGAAACCUCUAAUAGCUGCUGUCAGUGGCUAUGCAGUAGCUGGUGGUUUUGAACUUGCAUUACUAUGUGAUCUUAGGGUUGUUGAAGAAACAGCAGUCAUGGGAGUAUUCUGCCGGCGAUUUGGUGUACCACUUGUAGAUGGUGGCACUGUCCGCUUACAAGCAAUGGUUGGCCUGUCACGAGCACUGGAUUUGAUUCUAACAGGACGACCAAUUAAAGCCAAAGAAGCCUUUGAGUGGGGUCUUGCAAAUCGAGUGGUUGCCUGUGGAACAGCCCUGGGUCAAGCAGUCCAGCUUGCUUCGUCUUUAGUGAAGUUCCCACAAGCAUGUAUGUUAGCAGACAGGGAUUCAGUUUAUAACAAUGCCUUCAAUGCAAAAACCUUUGAGGAAGGAAUGGAGUAUGAAAAGAAUAGUGCAUCUGAUGAAGUCAUAGCUGAGGCUGUUAAAGGAGCAAGAAGGUUCCUCUCUGGCACUGGAAAGCAUGGGACAACUCAAAACUUGACAGAAGAUUUUUCACCACAAUGACUCUAGUUUUACUUUAAAUAUCCUAUGUAUAAUACCUGACUCUAUAAUGACACUUGGUAAUGUUACAUGAAAUAAAAUUUAUUUUAUCAAAAAUAGUAAUGUACUGAAGACUUUCUGACCAUUCACUGUGUGUAGCUCCCAUCAUCAAGAAGAAUCUUCAGAGAUGUGGGGUGACUCAAGGUAUACAUUAAUGAAAGAAAAACCGUUGUUAGAAAGUGUCACUACAGUGUGCUUACACAGGUUAAAUUUAACACACAAAAACCAACACAUCAGUUGCUUAUAUUGCAAGAAGCUGUUUCUUCUUUAGUCAUAUGAAAUGAGAGCUGUUUGUCUCCUGCUGGUAGCUUAGUAUUUAUGACCACAUUAAUACUCAUCAAAGUUAUCUACAUUUGUAACAGUUAUGUAAAUUUGUAAUAAUUAAGACUUGUUUACAAUGAACAUUGAUAGUUGUCAUGCAACCAAAGAAUCUUUAAAGCAUGAAUCCAAAUUAAUUAAAUAGUGUUUGCAGCCAGUA